AUGAAGGCUCCUUUUCCGUCGAGUGCCGCCCGGCUCUGGACACUGUUCGCCGGAGUCUCGCACCUGCUCCCGCUCGUCGUCUGUCAGCCUGGUUGCAGAACACAGACGUCGUACAACUACCUCUCCGAGGACUAUCCCUAUAGCGUUUCGGCGGUUGUUAACGGGACUUUUUCACUCAUAUAUCUCGAGAACAAGGUCGCUCAGAGUUUCCUUCCUGAAGGAUACUCGUUCCUUGAGAGCGAGGCGCAGGAAUUCCACCCCUUACUCCUCCGUGCUACGUACGUCCACGAUAUACGAGCGCCGGACGACAUGGUUAGGAACCAACACAUGAUGAUUUCUUUCGAGCUUCCCUUCGUCGACGCCCUCGAGGACGGAAAAACACCAUUUCGCUACGUUAGCACCCAAUUCAUAUCAACCGGGACACCAAGCUACGCCGCCGACAUUGCCGAGGCCUACGGAGUGCCCAACGUCAUUCGCGCCGUCUACGACCCAGAGUGCGACGCCUACGAUUUUGCCGAUCCUCUCCCGGACCAGCCAUUUGACGGAAGGCUGACCGUUUUACGGGCAUAUAUCCCCGAUGGGACGAGAAGACACACAAAGGAGCUGUACGACAUAGUCACGCAGCCGCGCUUCGGGCUAGGUAGUGACGGCAUGGUCUGUGGUCGUACCGGGGCGCUGUUUGGGGAAGAUGCGGGUUUUAGUCGGGAAGUGGAAAUCAAAGGCGACGUGACAAUGGUUGGGGAAUUUGAGAGUCUUCUCCCACUGUUUGGAGAUCCUAGUCAGAUCAUUGGGGCCUACGGAGUCAAGACGGGCGCUCUCCUCGUCCAAGACGAUUUUGUACCUUGCGAGGACUUGGCCCAGUAG